ACCUUUGUUAGAAUGUACGUUGAAUUUUCUUCGUGUUGUAUUCAAAUAAAAUAGUAUAGAAAAAUGAAAAGGCUUGGCUAUACUGGCAGCCUAAUGAUUUUAUAAGCUUUAAACAAGACCCGUAACAAUUCUAAUUGCGAAGCAGUCAUGAGUUUCACUCCACCAUCUUUGAAAAGCAAGUUUGAACUGUGCCUCAAUAACGACGAUUUAAGUGAUUGUGAAUUUCUGGUUGGCGAAAAAAAGUGCAAAAUCAAAGGACAUAAACUGUUGUUUGGCAUCUCUAGUCCUGUUUUUCGAGAUAUGUUGUACGAUGGACUUCACAGCAAAAAUGGUGUAACUUACGAGGUAAUCGACGUUGAACCCGAAGAAUUUCAAGGUAUGAAACAAUUUAUCUAUACAGAUAAUGUGGUUUUCACAUCAGGUCUACAUGCGUGCUCAGUAUAUUUAGCCUCUUGGAAGUAUGUGAUUCCUGAACUUAUGCCGAAAUGUGUUCAAUACAUCAAAGACAAUUUGUCUGUUACUGAAGUAAUAGACGUGUUUGAGUUUUCACGCCUUAAUAACAUUCCAGACAUUGAAAAAAUAUGUUUGACAAUCUUUAAAGAAAAAACCAGAGAGGUAAUGCAGAGCGAAAAGUUUCUAACCACUGAUAUUCAUACACUGGAAGCAAUUUUGAAGUUGGACUCCUUAAAAUUAGAAUCUGAAGUGGAGGUUUUCCAAUAUGUAGAAAAAUGGGCUCUGGCAGAGUCUUGUCGCAGAAACAUUGAUUUGCAGCAACAGGGAGAAUAUUUCAAUUGCAUCAAAAGACAUCUGCGAAUUUUGACAAUUGAUAAGGAGCAAUAUGAAAAAGGUUUGUCCAAGUCUCAUUUGCUAACUGAUAAGGAAAAAAUACCGAUUCUACACAAUCUAUUGGGCUUUGAAGAGAAGUUGUCACAUACGUUUUCUGAUGUAAUUUUUCCUCGAAUUUUCACUGUAGGAGAAUCAGAUGAUAAACAAGAAGAAGGAGAAGAAGAAAAAAAAGAAGCCGAUUUCGAUCACAAAUUCAAUUUUACACGGACGGAAACUAACAAUAAUACAUUUUAUUAUACUUUGGGGGAUCAACUUGAGACUAAAUGCUUGAUUAAAAGAAACACAUCAAUAAAAACAUUACUGUAUUGCUCAGAUAGUGAGACGAUGGUAAAAAGUCUUAUGAAAAACCACAAACUCAAGUUAUAUUAUUUAGGAAAAUUAGACGAUUUUGAAGCGGAUAGUUUUGAUGCGGUUUUGAACAUUGAGAAUCGUUAUUACUUUAGUGCUUUUUACCUUAAAUUUAGAUUUGAGGAUGGUAUUUUUCAAUUGGAAAUUUCCGAGUUGAAAUCUAUAGUAUAAAAUUAACAUGAAAUAUAGUUAGGCCUACUAAUAUAAUUUGAAAUAAUAGUUACUAACAUUAGGCCUAAACUCGGCCCACAAUGGCAAUGGUGGUAAGUUUGUUAGGCUAAUGAUAUGGAAAGUUGAAAGUGGUUUAAAGAAAACCCUAUAAUUAGCAUGUUUUACACCGUUUUUUUUAAAUAAAAAUUGCAUCAAAUGGCA